UAUGUAAUUAAGACAAGGCGAAGUAAUAAAAAAAACCAGUUGUUCUCUUUCUUCAAUAUCAAUCUGUUCUGUUCCAAUAACCAUUCAUGCAAAAAUCUCUCUCUGUUCACUCAAAACUCGCUUUUUCUGGGACUCUAUUCCUAUCUAUCUCCUUUCCAGCGAUUCUUUGAUUAUUUUUGUUGGAAUUUGGAGUGGUUGAACUUGAAGAUGAGAAUCACUGUUCGUUCUCUUCGCCAAUUAAGACAUGUUUUUCAGAGACAAAGCUGUGUUAUGAUUAAUAAUCUUGUUGCAGAAAAACCAUGUUUUUUCGAAAAAUGUUGUCAAAUUCAUAGUUCAUCUUAUAGAGUUAUUAUUGAUCAACCUGAGUCCGAUUUAAUCAAGAAUCAUGCAUUUAUUACAACAUCAUCAAGAUCUGUAUCAACUGAUGCUGUCAAACUCACAAAUGAAGAAAUUAACAGAAGAGGACCUCUUAUCGAAUAUGAACGACGAAUUGCCAAUGGUGAAUUGGUAGAUGGGGAUAGUUGCCAGGUAGAGACACUAACAGAACUUCAGAGACUCUAUGAUGAACUUGUUGAGUCUGCCGAUGAAUGCCAAUUGGACCGCAAUUCUGAAAAACCUGUAAGACACGGAUGGCUGUGGUCUCGACUCUUGUCACAUCCUUCUCAUUCACCUGUAAAAGGUUUAUAUCUUUAUGGAGGAGUUGGCACUGGUAAAACUAUGCUGAUGGACUUGUUCUAUGAUCAAUUGCCCACUAAUUGGAGGAAAAAGCGGAUUCAUUUUCACGACUUUAUGUUGAAUGUGCACAGCCUAUUACAAAAGCACAAAGGGCUGUCUGAUCCACUGGAUGUUGUAGCAGAAGAGAUUUCUGAUGAAGCCGUUUUAUUAUGUCUUGAUGAAUUCACGGUAACAGAUGUUGCCGAUGCAUUGAUUCUAAAUCGCUUGUUCGGACAUUUAUUCAGCAAAGGCAUUAUUCUAGUAUCCACUUCAAAUCGUGCUCCCGAUAAUCUAUACGAGGGUGGACUACAGAGGGAUCUCUUUCUACCCUUCAUUGCGACAUUGAAGGAAAGAUGCGUACCACAUGAGAUUGGUUCAUCAACUGACUAUCGCAAAAUGACUUCGGGUGGACAAGGAUUCUAUUUAGUUGGCAGAGAUUCGUCCGGUUUUCUUAACAAAAAGUUUCAACAGUUGAUCGGAGAAGACACGGCUACUCCCCAAGAAGUCGAAGUAGUAAUGGGAAGGACACUGCAGGUAUGUGCUAAAUUUAAUAUCGUGAGCACGCAUGAAUAUUAUUAUUAUUGUUAUCAAAGUUUUACUAUUUUUUUUCUUUUUCUUGAUCAGGUCCCAUUGGGAGCUAAUGGAUGUGCCUAUUUCCCCUUCGAGGAACUUUGCGACAAACCUCUUGGAGCUGCAGACUAUUUUGGAUUAUUCAAGAAAUUUCAUACUUUAGCACUAGAUGGCAUCCCGAUUUUCGGGCUUAGCAAUAAAUCAGCUGCACAUAGGUUCGUCACUUUGGUUGAUGUGAUAUAUGAGAACAAGGCCAGAUUAUUGUGUUCAGCUGACGGGAGCCCUCUAGAUCUCUUUCAAAAAGUAGUGACUGUAUCUGAGGCUAAAAACAUGGCACCGAGGACCUCUUCGAGAUCGAGGAAAAAUGACGAGUCUGACCUUUGCGUUGACAAUGAACUCGGGUUUGCAAAAGACCGCACCAUUAGUAGACUGACAGAGAUUAACAGCAGAGAAUACUUGGAGCAACAUGCUGCCAUGUUAGCAGAAAAGAAAUAAAGAGAUUGAUUUCUAGUACACCAUUGUUGUUGUAGCAUAUACAGGGAGUGAAAAAUGGGGAAAUAAUGAUUGAAACUCAAACAAUAAUUUGAAAUAAAAAGAGGGAGUGAAGAUGGGGAAAUAAUGAUUGAAAGACAGAAUAGUUUCAAAUAAAAAGAGGUUCAUUUGCAGAACUUAUAGAUUUGACAGUUGCAGAAUGCAGAGUGAAAAGCGUGUUAGAGUAGUUAGUAUGAGAAUAAUGUAAAACUGAGUGAUGUAUACAAAUUCAAUUCAAUUCAAAUGGAGUCUAACUGCAGUAA